UUCACCAGGAAAGAAAUGAUCAAUUGCCUGAGGUUCCGGAACUACUGGGGACUGGGACUGCUGUGCGCGCUCCUGGGGAUGAUGUGUGAGACAGGAGGAGGGCAGAUCCGCUAUUCCAUUCCUGAGGAGCUGGAGAAGGGCUCCCUGGUGGGCGACAUCGCCAAGGACCUGGGGCUGAAGCCGCGGGAGCUGGUGGAGCGCGGAGUCCGCAUCGUCUCCCGAGGUAGGGCGCAGCUGUUCGCUCUGAACGCGCGCAGCGGCGGCUUGGUCACGGCGGGCAGGGUAGACCGCGAGGAGCUUUGUGCUCAGCGCGCGCGGUGCACAAUCAAAUUUAACAUCCUGCUUGAGGAUAAGUUGAAAAUUUUUGACGUGGAGAUAGAAAUUCAAGACAUUAAUGAUAACGCUCCGAAAUUCCUAACAGAGGAAAUGGAAAUAAAAAUUGGUGAACUAGCAGUUCCUGGCACCCGAUUUCCACUUAAAACUGCCUUUGACCCCGAUGUGGGCGUGAAUUCCCUGCAGACCUACAGGCUCAGCUCUGAUGACUAUUUCUCCCUGGCGGUGAACAGCGUGUCUGAUGGAGCAAAGUCUCCAGAGCUGGUUCUGGAGCGUGCUCUGGAUCGUGAGAAAAAGCAGGUUCACCAGCUGGUCCUCACUGCCUCAGACGGGGGUGACCCAGUCCACUCGGGGAACCUAUACAUACGAGUGAUUGUUCUGGAUGCAAAUGACAACCCACCCAUGUUUACGCAGUCAGAGUACAGGGUCAGCGUUCAAGAGGAUGUGCCUGUAGGUACCCAGCUCCUCACAGUCAAUGCUACAGAUGCUGAUGAGGGAUUCAACGCGCAGGUAUCUUAUGUUCUAGACAAAAUGCCUGGGAAAAUCGCUGAGGUUUUCGACCUCAAUUCAGUGACUGGAGAAGUGUCCAUAUUAAAAAGUCUCGAUUAUGAGGAUGAGGCAUUCUAUGAGAUUAAAAUUGAAGCACAGGAUGGACCAGGUCUUCUUUCAAAGGCCAAGAUUUUAGUCUCAGUUGUGGAUGUCAACGACAAUGCCCCGGAAGUUACAGUCACUUCUCUCUCAGGCUCAGUUCCUGAAGAAGCUCCAGCUGGAAGAGAAAUUGCACUGAUCCAUGUGCAUGACCGAGAUUCUGGACACAACGGACAGGUCGAAGUUUCUGUCCUGGGAAAUCUGCCCUUUGUUUUAGAAAAGCCAAUAGAUCAAUACUACCGCUUAGUGACAGCUGCAUCCCUGAAUCGAGAACAGGUGCCGGAAUAUAACAUCAGCGUGAGGGCCAUGGAUGGGGGACGUCCGACGCUGUCCACAGAAACUCACAUCACACUGCAGGUGGUGGACAUCAAUGAUAACCCCCCUGCAUUCCCUCAACCUUCUUACUCUGCAUAUGUUCCCGAAAACAACCCCAGAGGAGUCUCCAUCUUCUCCAUGAUCGCCCAGGACCCUGACAGCGAUGACAAUGCCCGCAUCACCUAUGCAUUGACUGAGGACACCAUCCAAGGGGCACCACUGUCCUCCUACGUGUCCAUCAACUCCAACACUGGCGUCCUGUAUGCACUGCGCUCCUUCGACUAUGAGCAGUUCCGAGACCUGCAGCUCUGGGUGACAGCCAGUGACAGUGGGGACCCACCUCUCAGCAGCAAUGCCUCCCUCACCCUCUUUGUACUGGACCAGAACGACAAUGCCCCUGAGAUCCUCUACCCCACCCUCCCCACCGAUGGAUCCACAGGCGUGGAGCUGGCACCACGCUCUGCAGAACCUGGCUAUCUGGUGACCAAGGUGGUGGCAGUGGACAGGGACUCUGGCCAGAAUGCCUGGCUGUCCUACCGGCUGCUCAAGGCCAGCGAGCCAGGGCUGUUCUCUGUGGGGCUGCACACGGGCGAGGUGCGCACAGCACGGGCCCUGCUGGACAGAGAUGCACUCAAGCAGAGCCUGGUGGUGGCCGUCCAGGACCACGGGCAGCCGCCUCUCUCGGCCACUGUCACGCUCACAGUGGCCGUGGCUGACAGCAUCCCCGCAGUGCUGGCUGACCUGGGCAGCCUCAAGCCUUCAGUGGAAGCUGAUGAGGCAGACCUGACUCUGUACCUGGUGGUGGCAGUGGCCACAGUGUCGUGUGUCUUCCUGGCCUUUGUGAUUGUGCUGCUGGCACUCAGGCUGAAGCGCUGGCACAAGUCGCGGUUGCUGCAGGCGUCAGGAGGAGGCGGGCUGUCGGGCGUGGCCGCGUCGCACUUGGUGGGCGUGGACGGGGUGCGUGCUUUCCUGCAGACCUAUUCUCAUGAGGUGUCCCUGACCGCGGACUCGCGGAGGAGCCACCUCAUCUUCCCACAGCCCAACUAUGCGGACACGCUGCUCAGCCAGGAGAGCUGUGGGAAAAGCGAGCCUCUCCUGGUAGCUCAGGAUUUACUGGAAACCAAAGAAGACCUCAGGCUGCCUCCGGUGAGUCCUUAUCUAAAGUGA